AUGGAUGAUGAAUUAAAUGUAACAUAUAUAACUCUUGGUGGUCAUGUCGAAGUGGAAAAAUACAGAUAUAUUUAUUUCUUUAUUAUGUUCAUAGUAUAUUUGCUAAUAAUAUGCAGUAAUUCUACCAUUGUAUACAUUAUAUGGGUUCACCAAAACCUCCACGAGCCAAUGUACAUUUUCAUUGCUGCUUUGUUAGCUAACUCUGUUCUUUUCAGCACUGCUGUCUACCCAAAGCUUUUAAUUGACUUUUUAUCUGAAAAACAAACCAUAUCUUAUUCAGCCUGUCUCUUUCAAUUUCAUACGUUUUACUCUUUAGGGGGUUCAGAGUUCUUACUGUUGGCAGCCAUGUCUUAUGACAGAUAUGUGUCUAUAUGUAAACCUUUGCAAUAUCACACUAUUAUGAGAAAAACAACUGUCAGUGUUUUCUUGGGGUUGGCUUGGAUUCUGCCGGCCUCUCAGGUGGCAGUACCAGCUGGUUUAAGUGCUGAUAAAAAACUUUGUAGAUUUAUUUUAAAGGGAGUUUUUUGCAACAAUACAGUUUAUAAACUUCAGUGUGUGAUCUCAAGAGCACAAAUCAUACAUGAUAUGGUAAUUUUGCUUAAUGUUGCACUUGUCCCUAUGCUUUUCAUUCUUUUUACAUACACCAGGAUAUUUAUAAUAACAUAUCGAAGUAGUAGGGAAGUUAGAAAAAAAGCUGCACAGACUUGUUUACCUCAUCUGAUAGUUUUGAUAAACUUUUCCUGUUUGUGUGCAUAUGAUGUUAUUAUAGUUCAGCUGGAAUCUGACUUUCCAAAAACUGUAAAUUUAAUAAUGUCUUUACAAAUAGUAAUGUAUCACCCUCUCUUUAAUCCAAUCAUGUAUGGACUAAAUAUGAAAGAAAUUUCAAAACACCUCAAAAAGUUGUUCUAG